AUGGGGAAGAGUCCUUCGUUGGAUCCGUUGGAGGCCACCACGAAUGGCUACGAGCGCCGUGCAUUGGAAACGAUGCACAUGGAGGGCAAAGUCAAGGCCGAAGUGAAGAAGCUCUACCGAGGCGUGUUCCACUCGGCUCGGGCACAGCAUCUUGCGAAUCCAGACAAGGUGUUCGAACUUGCUUUCCAAGAGCAGACUGCCGAUCGACAGCUCUGGCAGAAGGCCAACAACAAAGCAGUCUACUGGGAUCCCGCCGGCAAAGAAGUGCCGAAGAGGACCCUGCGAGCCAAACCUGCAGAGCUGAAAAGUCUGGAGGACCGGUUCGCAGCUUCCGGCCAUGCUGUGGCAGACAAGCUAUUGACGGAGAGAAGCCUGAAGCAGCUCAAGCGAUUUCUUCAGGCGUCCACCUUCUACUUCUAUCCUCGUGGUGGCUUCCAUCUCCUCUCGCUCCUAGAAGAUGGUUUGGCUUCGCCUCUCUUAGCUCAAGUGGUCGACGGCCUGCGCAAUGCCCUACCCAACAUAGUUGGCCAGCAUCCGCUGACUGGGAUCAAAGCCUGGAAAGCAGACAACUCCGCGCUUCCACGCUCCGAGGCAGAGCGCCCAGAGCUGGCAGAGGGCGCACACGAUGCAGCGGUCAGUGUCCUUGUGUGGGUCGUGCCAGCCUCAGCGCUGGAUGGCUCCGCGGCCAACGCGUUGCAGUUGUACCCACGAGGCAACGGCACAGAGAACCCGAAGCCCGAGCCUUCGGCGCGAAUAAAGUACGCUGCCAACCGCGCUGUCUUUUGGGGACAGGACAUGGAGGCGCGGUGGGAGGGCCCCUCCUGGAAAACGGGAUUCCUGGAGAGAGGUAUCCACCUCCUCUUCUCUUUCGGUUGGACCUCGGAAGCAUGCGAAGCUUAG